GGCGCUGUGGCCGGGCUGCGAGCGGCGCAGGAUGAAGGUGCUGGUGGCGGCGGCUGCGCUGGGCGCGGCCCUCCUGCUCCUGCUGCCCGCGGCCUCCCGCGCCGACGAGCGCAAGAAGGGACCCAAGGUCACCGCCAAGGUGUUCUUCGACCUGCGGAUCGGUGAGGAGGAUGUGGGGCGCGUUGUCAUYGGGCUCUUCGGCAAGACGGUGCCCAAGACAGUGGAGAACUUCAUGGCCUUGGCCACUGGAGAGAAAGGAUUUGGCUUCAAGGGCAGCAAAUUCCACCGUGUGAUCAAAGACUUCAUGAUCCAGGGAGGAGAUUUCACCCGUGGCGAUGGCACCGGAGGAAAAAGCAUCUACGGAGACCGUUUCCCUGAUGAGAACUUCAAGCUGAAGCACUACGGGCCAGGCUGGGUGAGCAUGGCCAACGCUGGCAAGGACACCAACGGCUCGCAGUUCUUCAUCACCACCGUGAAAACGCCGUGGUUGGACGGGAAGCACGUGGUGUUUGGCAAAGUGCUGGAGGGCAUGGACGUGGUGCGGAAGGUGGAGAACACCAAGACAGACAGUCGGGACAAGCCCCUSAAGGAUGUCACCAUCGUCGACAGUGGCACCAUCGAGGUGGAGAAGCCGUUCGCCAUCGCCAAGGAGUGACGGGACCAGGCCCUGCCAGGCUGUGAGGGGCUGCAGGACGGGGCUGCCGUGCUCCCCCUGCCCCAGGGCCGCUGGGUCCGCCCGUGUCCCAGUGCCCRCCCUGUCCCUGCUGCCUCACAGCCAGGGGCACGGGGCACAGGCUGCUCUUCCAUUUUGUAACAAGCACAUGCGCCAAUAAACGUGACCAAUGUGUUUUUUAAA